AAGUAGGUAUUAAUAUCGCAAUUCAAUUUCUACCUUUCGAAAAGAAAAACAAACAACAGCCAUUGGAGAAGGUUUAGCCACUAUCAUCCUCCUCUUCGCGAUAUCUGCAAAUCUCCUCAUCCAUUAUCCCUCCCUCCAUUCCCAAUACCGAAACGAUGAAUGACAAAGGAGAUAAGACUUGUCCUCUAUGUGCUGAGGAGAUGGACUUGACUGAUCAGCAUUUCAAACCUUGCAAAUGUGGCUAUCAGAUAUGUGUUUGGUGUUGGCAUCGGAUUAUAGAGAUGGCCGAGAAAGAUAAGACAGAGGGUCGCUGUCCUGCAUGUCGUACCUCUUACGAUAAGGAAAAGAUUGUUGGGAUGACGGCUAGCUGUCAAAGGUUGGUUGCUCAACUUAACAAUGACCGGAAAAAAUCACAUAAGGUGAAGCCUAAACCUUCAGAGGGAAGAAAAGACCUAACUGGUGUGAGAGUCAUCCAAAGAAACUUGGUUUACGUUAUGAGCUUGCCUUUUGAUCUGGCAGAUGAAGAUCUUUUUCAGAGUAGAGAAUACUUUGGUCAGUAUGGGAAAGUCGUAAAGGUAGCAUUGGCUCGAACGCAAGCUGGGGAGAUCCAACUGUUUCCAAACAAUUCUUGCAGUGUAUAUAUUACUUACUCCAGAGAGGAGGAAGCAAUUCGUUGUAUCCGAUCAGUACAUCUAUUUGUUUUCGAUGGUAGACCUUUGAAGGCAUGUUUUGGGACCAUGAAGUACUGUCAUGCGUGGAUCAGAAACAUGCCUUGUAACAAUGUGGAAUGCCUUUACUUGCAUGAGAUUGGUUUCCAAGAAGAUAGUUUCACGAAAGAUGAGACAAUAUCAGUGCACAUGAGGAAAAUUAUUGAAGAAAUUACUGGUGCGGUGCCUAAUUCUCCUCGGCGUUCAGGGAGUAUGUUACCUCCACCAGUGGAUGAUUAUGUUGAUAAUGCGUCUAUCCCAAGACCAAUUCCAAAAUGUGUUUUGAAUAAUGCACAGAGUGUUGUCAAAACUUCUCCCCCAAAUAGUAGCAACGGCCGAUCUGUUAGUCUUCCUGCUGGAGCCUUGUGGGGAAUGCAUGCUUCAAGCAAGUCUUCCGUGCCGAGUAUACCAUGUUCGGGGGAACUCUUAAGAGUUAAAGCUGUCACAGUUUCAUCUGCAUCUCAUAGCGAUGUAUCAAUGAAGCCAGCAUUAGAGGAUAAUCAUACUUCAUAUGGGAAUGGUAUGAAAUCGCAAGAGCUAUUGGAUAGCAAGACUGAGUUUCCAGAUCUUUCCUCAGUUAAUAGGACCCAGACCAGUAAUAGUAAGGCAUUUGUUUCGGCAUCUCAUAGUGAUGUAUUAAAGAAGCCAGCAAUAGAGGAUAAUCAUAUUUCAUAUGGGGUUGCCUUAAAACCGCAAGAUCUAUUGGAUAGUCAGACGGAUUUUCCAGAGCUUUCCUCGGUGAAUAGGACACAGAGCGAUAAUAAAGCCUUAGUUUCUGCAAAUGUGGAUAACACUAGAGCUAUUAGUGUGCCAUCAGAUUGCACGAAUUUUCCAGAGCCUACUUCUCUGCUGUCCAAUGGUGACAAAAAUAUUAAUGGAGGGAGACAGAGUGUAUGCAGCGACGAGGUGUCAGUGGAUUCAGAUAGUGUUGUGGAUGGCUAUGGGGGGCUAACAAGAUCUGACAGUUCACAUGUUGAUCACGUUUCCUUAAAGUCGUCACAUACAGUAGUAUCCCGAGACUCUUAUCUACAGCAUUGUGUCAAUGAAACUAGAGAAGUACAGCAAUUGCAGAAGACUGGUAUAACUAAGGCAAACGAUGUCGUUGUCUCAAGAGAAGAAGUUAAUGCUGGUACUCCUUUGAUAUCUCCCUUGGUAACAAAUCGGCAUCUUCAAGCGGAGGAUGAUAUGUCAUCAUUUAUUAGAGAAAGACUCAAGGAUCCCGAAGUUUUUAGCUGCCAGCCCAUUGCGACCAAUAAAGCUAGUUUCCUACGCACUAUGCAGCCUUCGUCAUGCCAGUAUAAGGUUGAGCAUGAUGAAACCAGGAGUAUGUUUGGGUCCUCCGCGGCUGACAGCAGAGGAAGUAAUAUAGCUUCGAUCUCACAUGGAUAUAACGAGAUGCCACAGAGAGAGCCCAGUCGUUUAAAUGGCAGUCUUAAUCACUCUAUGCUGUUUCCUGACACCCAACCAAAUGGGAACUGUGGCGUUGACACACAGGGAAGCUCUAGGAAUGAAAUAGAUGACAGAAUUGCAAGCAUAAUGUCGUUAGAUCUUGAUGAAUACUUGACAUCACCUCAUAACUUGCCGAAGCAACUAGGAGCAGGUGACGUAGAGGCCAGGUCUCGUAAGCUAGCUAGUUACUGUGAAAUUAAGAAUAAUCAGUCCCGGUUUUCUUUUGAUGAAUCCAAGGAUCAGGCUUUUAGAUCGUCUAACGUCUUCAACCACAGACAUCAUGGCAGUGACUUAUACCAAAAUUCUUCAGAGCGACAGAGUCGUGAUAUGAAUAUGCCUGGAAUGUAUAAUGGUAUUCCAUCCAGUUAUCUCAAAGGAAUGGACUAUGUCGCGCAAAACGCCACUUUGCCCUUGUCCUUUAAGCCUCAUUCUGUUGCAAGAUCUCCAGUUACAGCGCCACCUGGAUUUUCAGUUACAAGUCGACCUCCUCCUCCUCCAGGCUUCUCAUCAAAUGGGAGAGAACAUCAGACAUUGAAUGGCUUUUCAGGGAACCAUCGUUAUUCUGAAUCGCCAGUGUACAACACCCCAUAUCAUCAGUCACUUCCAAUUGAAAACAAUGGUGGUGUCAGGGAUGUUGAGUUUCUGGAUCCUGCGAUUUUGGCUGUUGGUCAAGGUUUUGAGAAUCCAAGCCUAGAUUACAGAUUAAACUUUCAAGGAAACACAAACAUAUUCUCAAACGAGACAAAGCUUCAACAACAACAUCAACUGGCAAUGCAGAGCCCCUUGUCUUCACAUCAGAACUGUAGACUCACUGAUUCUUUGGGAAUGUCAUCAAGGUUUAUGGAUCAAUCUAGAAAUAUGGCCUUGCCUAAUGGCCACUGGGAUGGGUUGAGUAACGAGAUCCAAAGUCAGAACAGGUUCCAGAAUGAGAGAUUUAUUGGGUCAACAAAUCGGAUGAAUGGUUACAAUGGGACUUUCAGGAUUUAACACCAUCUGUCAGAGUCAGUGAGCCGCGCUUAGAUCGCCUCGACCUUUGGAUCUUAGCUUCUGGGUACUUUGAAACUGAGCAAAAAAGAGAGGUGGUUGUAAAAAAUCUUUAGAGGCUUAUUAUGCAUUCCUUUAUUAACAUUUCAUUUGGUUUUUUGAAAUAUGUCAAAUAUGAUUUUCCAUUAGAGAUUACAUAAAGAUUUUGUUUUGCAUCUU